CCUUACCCACCUCUCUAGUCUCUGCACAUUGCACAGUCACUUCUCUUUCUCUUUAUUUUCUUUAUUUAGUUUUUUAUUCACUUUUGCGACACUACAAAUUGGCACCCUCUCCCUCUCAUUGUCCAUCAUUCUUAUUUCCAAAGCUUCUUUGUUUUCACAUCUCACAAGUCUUUGCUCUCUCUCUCUCUCUUUACAAGCUUCUAUCCUCUUAAUUUGAACCAUGGGAACUGUUGUCUAUCAACAAGGGUUUCAGUCUCAACUUAACGAGCCUAGGGCUUUAAGGCUUAGGCUAUCUUCACCAAAUCCUCACUUCUUUCAACCCUUUGGUUUAGCUCUCAAGUCUCCUUCACUUGACUCCCCUAAUGCAGAGGACACCCGAAACCUUAACGAUGACAAACCAGCUGCUUCCUCGGGCCCUGACUCAAGUGGCUGGAGCUUUCUCCAGUCCCUAUCAUCUGGCUCAUCCUCCUCAAAGACGACGAGCUCUGAGAAAGAAAAGACUUAUGUUCAACGUCCGUCUUCUUGUAGAGCUCUAAGCGACCAGAGCUUAGCAUUGUGCACUGAGAAUCUCGGAAGCGAAUCUGGCUCUGAUGUUACAGAUGUCGAUGAUUUGUUCUCGCUUGACGUGCAGAGCAAGAAUCUCGGAGAAACAACAACGGAGACAAGAGCGUUAAAAAGUAGGAAAAGGAAUGUGAGCCCUAGUGAUCUCCCACCUCCUUUGACCACUAUGAGAGGGUUUCAAAGCAUUCAAAUGAGACCACACCGUGAAAACGGAAGAUUGGUCAUGACCGCCACAAACGCGCCACCUAGUAACCGGUGCUUUCAAGCUGACCGGAGCAAUGGUCGUCUCCGUCUCUCUAUCUUGAAAGACUCAGAUGAGUUUGUAGAGAACGAAGAAGAGACGGUCGAGCCUGAAGAAACCGAAGAAUACGAGGAGGAGAAUGAAGAAGAAGUAGAAGAAGAAGAUGAAGUGAUGGACAUUGAGAAUAUUCAAAGAUCAAGAAGAUGCGCUGAAGGCAAACAGGGAAACAGGGGAUUGCUAAAUUGGGAAUCUUUUUGCGUUGCUACUUCCUAAAAACAGAAACUUCUUAAUUUGCUCUGUAUUUACAAUUUCACAAUUUUUUAUCCUAUGUGUCUUUUUUUCUUAUAAUAGAAAUUUCGCCGUUU